AUGAGGAGACAAAAUCCGACGAUGCGGGUCUUCGUCCUCGUAAAGCCCGUAGGACUGUAUCUGUGGCCAGGCUUCUGGGCGGUAUCGGGGAUAUUUUUUAGCGGUCAAUUUUCUAUGCCUGAGCAGAAGGAGAUAGUGGUGGUGCCUAGCUCUCCGGAGGCGUCACCCUCACCAAUCAUUAGUUCUCCCUUGGUUAAUCCUGGUUCUUGCUUUAUGUCUGGGGGUAUGCCAGGUUCACCUGAAGAUUCCUGUCAACGUGGGAAGCCUUCUCUGAUCGAUGGAACAUGGACUUCAUCUCACUCCCUAUCUUUUGAGGCCUACACUCCGAGCUGGGCGAUUACCAAAGAUUCCUUGCUGUCGGAGGAUACUACCAUCCAGGAGUGGAGUAGGUGCGCUCAUCCUCCGACCACAAUGAGUUCGAUUGCAGGUCAAUCAAGUGCUCGCAUGGCCGGUGACCUUUGUUACGCCGCAACCCAGACUUCUGCCCUCAUGGUUGUUGCUGCCGACCAGGUUCAUCGUGCUGGUGCAAAUCAGAGGUAG